AUGUUGACUCAAUCCCUUUCCUUCUCCUCCGACCAAUUCUCCUUAGCUUCGACCAGUGUUGUUACAGCGAGUACUAAAUCAUCACCAAAAAUGAUAUCGAACUCUGGUACUUCUGAUACCAUGGCCUCAUUGCAACCUCCUUCUCAUCCUCAGGAACCAGUUUGUACUUCCAACUCAAUUGCAGAUCAUCAUUCAAUGUCGACAUCAUCUGCCACUUCUCCCAAUUCAGAAAUUUUGUAUGAUCCCUUAUCCGUGUAUCAUCCUCCUCAAGUACCCAUUCACAAUAAGGCACCAAAAGGAUCUCUUCAGUCGUUUCACUUAUUAUUGGGAGCACUUGAUUAUAUCAACCAGGAACAUGGAGGACAGGACUAUCCUCGAUUUAGCAACACAUUGUGGUCAAGUGGGGGCUCAGAAGAAGAAGAAGAACCUCUCAAACAUACUGUGGAACAGUCAUCAGUAUCGUCAUCGUCUCAUAAAUUGAGAACCAGCCUCCCCACUCGAUCCCAUACUAAAAGAGAGAAUCAUCAAGAGAUGAUGCAUCAACAUGAAGAGGAACACUUUGAAGAAAACGUCAAAGCACCAAAAUCAAGCUCUUCUACUCGUAAAUCCUCAUCGAAACACUCAAGAUCCAACUCUCCAACCUCAACAACAAUGAAAAACCGAGGUAGUUCCCCUCCUCCUCAACAACAUGUCAACAGUGAAGGUUUGCAAAUUUGUGCUUGUUGCAAAAGAGACUCCAAUUCCGUGAGUUUCCUCAAGAAUUAUUCCAUUCAUCAAGGAAACAUUCAUAACUAUCGAAAUUGCUUCCCUGAGUAUGAUGUAGUACCAGGAAUCUCAUGCAUGACUUGUUAUCAUAAACAAUGGCGCUACACCAAAGGUUUGUAUGACCCUAACAAGGCUAGAUCGACAGGAGUCAAUAAGAGAGAAGGCAUCCAACGAAGUACUACAAGCAAAGCCAAUACUCCAAACAGCGUUAAUAGCACACCCACUUCACAAGAUCCAACCCAACUCACAAGUAUCAAUGAUGAUAGUACUAGCUCUUCAUCGAAAAGGAAAAAGUCUUCUUCUUCCAAUUCCUCAUCGUCGUCCUCAUCAUCAUCCAGCACUGAUCAAAGUAAGAGAAAGAAAGCAGAUCAUGAAUUCGAAGAAGAGGAUAACGCCAGUACUGCCACUACGGAAGGAAUGAAAGAAGAAACAAAGAAGCCUCGCAAACUUUCAAAGAGAAGAUACACCCCAGCAGAGCCUUCAUCCAAUAUCAAUUCAGAAGUAUUAGUGACAGCAACUCCAAUGAGUUCUUUCUCGAAUGAAAUGGUCGACCACUCGGACACGCAAGAAGUUGCAUCCUCCUUCGUUCAUCCUUCAACCUCUACUUCUAUUGAGGGGCCUGCCACAGAGCUUCGCAGUCAUCAGCAUCAUCAACAUGCCAUGCGAUUGAUCGUGAAAUUUCUAUGUCCCACCUCGAACAACACGGUGGAAGAAGUCUACAAUUGCACCAUGUACUGUGAUUUUGUACCAACCACGUUAGCAUCGAUCAAGUCCUUGGUAAUGGGUAAAUUGAGAACCCAAACCACUGGAUUUACAAGUUGUGAUACCAUUUUGUGGUCGUCGUCGGAACAAAGCUUGAAUCGAGUGGUAUUGACUGAUGAAGAGAUGAUGCGUAAAUCUCUUUGCAAUGACGAUAUCUUGUAUGUGUAUGUGAGGUAG